CGGGGCAGAUAAGCGGCCACUCCCGCGCCGCAGCCGCAAUCGGCCGGAGCUACCGCCGGCACUGGGACGGCCUGGGAGCGGGGUCCGAACUUGCGCGGGCAGCGGAGAGCCGGCUUUCACGGUCCGCCGCCGCCUCUCUGCCUAAUGAGCUGCACCAGAAUGAUCCAGGUUUUAGAUCCACGGCCUUUGACAAGUUCAGUCAUGCCAGUGGAUGUGGCCAUGAGGCUCUGCUUGGCUCAUUCGCCACCCCUGAAGAGUUUCCUGGGCCCUUAUGAUGACCUCCAGAGAAGAAAUUUUGUGAACAAAUUAAAGCCUCUGAAACCGUGUCUCAAUAUAAAACAGGAAGCCAAAUCACAGAAUGAGUGGAAGCGUUCACACGAGCAAGCCAAGAAGCGGGUUGUGUUUGCUGACUCCAAGGGGCUCUCUCUCACCGCCAUCCACGUCUUCUCGGACCUCCCAGAGGAACCAGAGUGGGAUCUUCAGUUUGAUCUCUUGGACCUUAAUGAUAUCUCCUCUGGCUUAAAACUCCAUGAGGAGAAGAACUUGAUUUUAGAUUUCCCCCAGCCUUCAACGGAUUACUUAAGUUUUCGGAACCACUUUCAGAAGAAUUUUGUCUGUCUGGAGAACUGCUCUUUGCAAGAGCGAACAGUGGCUGGAACUGUGAAAGUGAAAAACAUGAGCUUUGAGAAGAAGGUUCAGAUUCGGAUCACUUUUGAUACCUGGAAGAGCUACACUGAUGUGGACUGUGUCUACAUGAAAAAUGUGUAUGGUGGCUCAGAUAGUGACACCUUCUCAUUUGCCAUUGACUUACCCUCCAUCAUUCCAACUGAGGAGAAAAUUGAGUUCUGCAUUUCUUACCAUGCUAAUGGGCAGGUCUUCUGGGACAACAACGAGGGUCAGAAUUAUAGAAUUGUCCAUGUGCAAUGGAAACCUGACGGAGUGCAGACACAGAUGGCACCUCAGGACUGUGCAUUCCACCAGGUGCCCCCCAAGACUGAGUCCGAGUCAUCCAUUUUUGGCAGUCCGAGGCUGGCCAGUGGGCUCUUCCCAGAAUGGCAGAGCUGGGGGAGAAUGGAGAACUUGGCCUCUUACCGAUGAUUAAGUAACCUUGGUGACUGGCUCUGACCUGGUAUAUUUCCCAUGUAAUUCUAGGUCUAUAUUGCUCAAUAUUAGGAAGUCUUGGCUACUUUCCUUCAGUAGGUUUAGUUUUGAGCUUCCGAGACCUGGCUACAAAAAGAUAGCCACUUGAGAAUUUAGUGUUGGGGUCUCUACGAUGAUACUGCCCAAUUUUGCUUUGGAGGAUCAAGUAACAGCCCGGAACCCUAUUUUUGAAAAAGCAAUACUGUUCCAAUGCCCUUUCUCCUUCCCUCUCAAUUCACUAGCUUUCAUGUUGGGCAAGGAAAGGUUGAGAAAGGACAGCUGAUGGUGAUGGGAAGCUGUGUUAAUGGUAUGAGGAAUGUCUAAAAAGUGUACACAAAGGGCUCUGCAGCUCAUCAGAGGAGGAGCGGGAGGUCUGGUAUUUUGCUGUUGGUGAGAAAAAUGUAAGGUUACUUUGUAUUUUUAAGUUGGUUUUACAGUUCUCUCCUAAGGAAAUAAUGUGUAGAGGUGGAGGAGAGAUUCCAUCUUCUGUAUUCUUGCGGAGAAAAACCAAACAAACUUUAGGGGUGUUGGGUGGUAUUGGAGAAAGGUGAAUGAAUUAUAACUCGGGAGAAUCAAGAUUUUAAAUGAAGUCUUUCUUUUCAAACAUGAUUUGUAAGAAAGCAUGAUUUGGGGAAAGUUUAAGCGAAUCUGGCUUUGCAGUCCUCAUGUUAUGAGUGAUCUUGUUUGUGACCAAGGCAUCACGCUCAGAUUCUCAGUACAAAAUGCUGCCUGACCAAAACCCCACACCAUCAUCAAUGGUUAACACCUUGUGGGGAUUCUGUUGUGUCAAGGACAGCUCUUUGCAAGUGCCUUGAUGAAGCCAGAAUAUUGUGCUGUUCCCAAACAUCUGAAGGGUCAUCUGAUAACUCUUGAGUGUUUGACUUUGUGAGAAAGUCCACUCUGUAUACUGGCCUCCCUUUCGCAAUACUGUCGUAUCUUUGGGAGUGUCGUCAGUAUACACAACUCGCAUCCUUCAUAUUGAAGGUGACUCAUUUUUCUGCCACACUUUUUCGAUGUGAUGUUGGAAAUGAGGACUGACAUUGAUUCUCAAUUCAAGAAUCCAGUACCUUACACAUGCAAGUAGCAAUGUAUUUCUUGCCUAUAUUUGUCUUGUUGUUUUAAGUCUUUCUACCAAUUUCUUUAAGUAAAAAAAAAAAAUUUUUUUUAAUGGAUGUGGAUUGUUUGGAUGUGUUGUAAUAUACUUGUUUGGGGUGUGCAUAAAUCCACUCUGUAAGAUCCUAAGAACAGUAGUCCUUGAAUGUUUGCUUCUGUCAUCGGGCAUGUCCAUUGAGAGGUAUUCAGAGAAUGCAGUUAAUUUUAACACAUGAUCUGCCAUGCUGGAAAAGUACUAUUGGAAUAACUCUGCCGUGACAGUAUUUGAGGUUUGGCUAGCACCCACAAUUUUUCUACUCUAAAUAUUUCACUCUCCUAGAGCUAUCCUUUGUGAACUUCUCACUUGAAGAAUAAAAGUGUUUGAUACAAA